UGUCACACUGGUAGUCUCCAAGAAUCACGAUUAACUGUGUCACUCCGUAGACGUCACAUUUCGUGCGUGAUACCCACACAGCGGUCACCCGACCCAGAAUCCUCAAACAUCAUCGGCAUUCAAUUCAUCCUCUGCGAAGUUAUAAAACAGCUCCCUUCACAUUUCUCUCGCGUAAUCGUAAUUUUCUCAAACGCGAGUGGCAUUUCCAAUCGCAGUCCUCGACUGUUGACUCCGCGCAGCCAUCCAUGUCCUAAAUCCACACCGCCGAGACGUUUUUAGAACCCUAGCUGGGGUUUAUCUUCUACCCCGCAAUUUCUUCCCCAAUCCGAUUGAAGCAAACCGGAUCAUAUGGAAUCCGCAGCGAUUAGGGCUUUUCUGAUCUGUCUAAUUCUCUGCGCCGGUUCGAGCUUCGUUCAUGGCGAGGAGCCGGCGAAGAAUAAGUUCCGGGAACGAGAGGCCAGCGACGACGCCCUUGGAUAUCCGAGCAUAGAUGAGGAUGCCUUGUUGAAUUCGCGGUGCCCUGCGAAAUUGGAGCUCCGAUGGCAAACGGAAGUUAGUUCCAGUAUAUAUGCUACACCCUUGAUCGCCGAUAUCAAUAGUGAUGGAAAGCUUGAGAUCGUGGUUCCUUCUUUCGUUCACUAUCUUGAAGUUCUUGAAGGUGCUGAUGGAGACAAACAUCCAGGUUGGCCUGCUUUCCACCAGUCAACGGUACAUGCUAGUCCUCUCCUGUAUGAUAUUGACAAGGAUGGUGUGAGAGAAAUAACUUUGGCAACCUACAAUGGGGAAGUUUUAUUUUUCAGGGUCUCAGGUUACAUGAUGGUAGAUAAACUAGUAGUACCUCGUAGGAAAGUUAAAAAGAACUGGUAUGGGGGUUUGCAUUCGGAUCCCGUGGAUCGUACUCAUCCAGAUGUCCAUGAUGAUUCUCUUGUCAUGGAGGCUGUGGAAUCAGCUCAUCAAACAAAUGGAAGUACAGCUAAGUUAAACAAUUCUGCUUCUAUUUCAACUCCCGAUUCCAACACUUCAGCUACUAUUUCAACUCCUGAUUUAAACAAUUCAACAACUAUUUCAAAAGAGAGCAACCUUGGCAUGGUAAAUGCGUCAAAUCCAGAGAAUAAAGGGGAAACAAAUUCAAGUCAGGUGGAAACAGUCAUCAAGCUGCCUACGGGCACGGACAAUUCUGCUGUAAAAAAUGUGUCAGAGGAAACUGUUAAUGUAGUGAAUGGAACUAGAUCUGGUAGACGGCUUUUAGAAGAUAAAAAUUCAAGCGAAUCACAGGAUGGUGGUUCUGGAUCCAAAGAGAAUAAUAAGGAGGAUGUUCCUGUUGCAACUGUACAAAAUGAGGGAAGCUUGGAAGCAGAUGCUGAUUCAUCGUUUGAGUUGUUCCGUAACAGUGAGGAACUUGCCAAUGAGUAUACUUAUGACUACGAUGAUUAUGUUGAUGAAUCAAUGUGGGGAGAUGAGGAAUGGGCUGAAGGGCAGCACGAGAAAAUGGAGGAUUAUGUCAAUGUUGAUGCACACAUCCUCUGCACUCCUGUCAUAGCGGACAUUGAUAAUGAUGGAGUAUCAGAAAUGGUUGUUGCUGUAUCUUACUUCUUUGAUCACGAGUAUUACGAGUCCAAUGAAGAUCAUCGGAAGGAACUGGGUGACAUUGAUCUUACAAAAUAUGUUGCUGGCUCAGUAGUUGUUUUUAAUCUCGACACAAAGCAAGUUAAGUGGACUGCGGAACUAGAUCUGAGUACAGAGACUGAGAAGUUUCAUGCUCAUAUAUAUUCUUCUCCAACUGUGGUGGAUUUGGAUGGUGAUGGGAAUCUGGACAUUCUUGUUGGAACUUCCUUUGGCUUGUUCUAUGUCUUGGACCAUCAUGGCAAGAUCAGGGAAAAAUUUCCUCUUCAAAUGGCUGAAAUUCAAGGAGCUGUUGUUGCUGCUGAUAUCAAUGAUGAUGGAAAAAUUGAACUAGUGACCGCUGAUGCUCAUGGAAAUGUUGCUGCAUGGACUACUAAAGGAGUAGAAAUUUGGGAAAGGCAUCUUAAGAGUCUAGUUCCCCAGGGUCCUACUAUUGGUGAUGUUGAUGGGGACGGCCAUACUGAUGUUGUGGUUCCAACGUUAUCCGGGAACAUAUACGUUCUUAGUGGCAAAGAUGGGUCAAUUGUUCGUCCUUAUCCAUAUAGAACUCACGGGAGAGUUAUGAAUCAAGUUCUUCUAGUUGAUUUAAGUAAAAAAGGAGAUAAAAAGAAGGGACUUAGCCUUGUUACAACUUCGUUUGAUGGUUACCUGUAUGUAAUUGAUGGACCUACAUCAUGCGCCGAUGUGGUCGAUAUUGGUGAAACCUCAUAUAGCAUGGUCUUAGCAGACAAUGUUGAUGGUGGGGAUGAUCUUGAUCUUAUUGUUUCAACCAUGAAUGGCAAUGUCUUUUGCUUCUCGACUCCUGCUGUGCAGCAUCCCCUCAAGGCAUGGAGAUCACCAAAUCAAGGGAGAAACCAUGUUGCAAAUAGGUAUAACCGUGAAGGUAUCUUUGUUUCGCAUUCAUCAAGAGCUUUCCGUGAUGAAGAGGGCAAGAACUUUUGGGUGGAGAUUGAGAUUAUAGAUAGCUAUAGAUACCCAUCUGGGUUGCAAGCACCAUAUAAUGUGACAGCAACGCUGUUAGUGCCAGGUAAUUACCAAGGAGAGAGAACGAUAAGAAUAAACGAGACCUUCAAUCGUCCUGGAAAGCAUCGUAUGAAGCUUCCGACAGUUGGUGUAAGGACUACAGGUACUGUUUUGGUGGAGAUGGUUGACAAGAACGGACUCUACUUUUCAGACGAUUUCUCCCUCACAUUCCACAUGUAUUACUAUAGACUCCUCAAGUGGCUGCUUGUCCUACCAAUGCUUGGAAUGUUUGGCGUGCUUGUAAUCCUUCGUCCACAAGAAGCUGUGCCUUUGCCAUCAUUUUCGCGAAACACCGACUAAACGUUCAACCUUUAUCAAUACAAAGACAGAUGCUAAGGCUCACGAAUUGUGACGGCCAUUCUCACCCGAAAAAGUGCAGAAACCGUGGCGGAUAUGACAACAAUGUGCGCUCUAUUUUUUAUGAUCAAGCUAAGAUUGAUCUUUGGUUUGGCCGAAAAGAAACUGAGUUUUGAGCAAAUAGAUGUCGGAACUUGUAACAUAGUUGAAUAUGAGUCAAGGAACGAGUACCAAAUCCAAGUUUUUCAAUGAUAAUUGUUUAGAGGAUGAUUCUAUAUGUAUCUCUAUAAAUUGGCAAUCUCAGUUUUCAUUCAACCCCUUA